CAUCACUCAUUAGAAGCACGUGUACCUUUAUUGCCUAGACAACCACUGGGCUUUUCACCUGACUGAAUUCUCUAAACAGCCCCUCUCUCUCUCUCUCUAAAUUUUAAAAACAGGGCCUGAUUUAGGAUUAAGGAGUUGAUGCAUUCUGUGGAAAAACACCAGUGCUGAAGCUUGUCCUGUAAUGAACACAUGGGAACUGUGCCAUGGGAAUAAAGCAUCUGAAGGAACCUACAGGGCCAGUUACGCUUUUGCACACUUGAGAGUGUGUUCUGAUUUUGCGGGGAAGCAGCAGCCUGAGCCCUUGUGGGAGGAGCGCGAGUGUCCCGAGCCCCAGCAGGGCCGGAAGGGGCUUUGCUGCUGAUGCUUGAGGAUUUCAGAGCAGCAGCAUCCCAGCCGGGUGAUUUCAGAGCAUCCCAGCGGGGUGAUUUCAGAGCAGCAGCAUCCCAGCCGGGUGAUUUCAGAGCAUCCCAGCGGGGUGAUUUCAGAGCAGCAGCAUCCCAGCCGGGUGAUUUCAGAGCAUCCCAGCCGGGUGAUUUCAGAGAAUCCCAGCCGGGUGAUUUCACAGCGUCCCAGCCGGGUGAUUUUGGCAGGAUCCCAGCCGGGUGAUUUCACAGUAUCCCAGCCGGGUGAUUUCAGAGCAUCCCAGCCGGGUGCUCCCGGAGCCACAGCAUCCCCGCGGGGAUGCAGCCGUACCGGGGCAGAGCUGCCCCCGGGGUUGGGGCUGCGCCGAGCCCGGCAGCUUUCGGGUACCACAAGGAUGAUCCCAGCAGGCACGUCCGGCCUAUCCCCAACCCGAACUGCUACCCGCAGAUCUUUUGGGUGGAAGGCUGUGCUGAUGCUUCGGCUCCCCCCGGGGCUCCCUUCCCACCGCCGGUACCCGACCGGAGGAGGAAGCCACGGAACGACGGGGAAAGGAGGAGCGCCGGCUUCCUCGUGAUGUUCCUGCUGAUCCUGGUGGCCUUCACCGGAGUGGGGCUGAGCAUAUUUAAGAUUUUUCACCUGGAGAAGGAAGUGGAUGAACUCAGAGAGUCUGCCAGCGCUGAGCACAUCCCUCCAGCCUCCCAGAAACUCACGGGGCAGAAGGAGCAGCCUGUGCAGAAGGAGGUGAGGAGGGCGGCACAUCUGACAGGCAACCCAGCCCAGCAGGACCUUCCUCUGGAGUGGGAGCCCAUCUCUGGCCAUGCCUACACCAGUGGCAUCCAGUACCAGCAGCGGGGGCUGCUGGUCAGCGAGCCUGGGCUGUACUUUGUGUACUCCAAGGUGCUGUUCCGAGGCACUGCCUGCGACAGCCAGCUCCUGUCCCACGUUGUCUACAAGAGGAAUCCAUCCUCUCCCGGCAGCCUGGUGCUCAUGGAGGACAAAGCCACCAAUUUCUGCACGGGGAAGAGGAUGUGGGCCCGCAACAGCUACCUGGGGGCUCUCUUCAAGCUCAGGAAGAUGGACAGUCUGCACGUCAACGUCUCCAAAAUUGCCCUGGUUAAUUUUGAGGAAUCCAAGACUUUCUUUGGUUUGUUUAAGCUUUGAAAUGGAGCGUGGCUGGCAGCCCCUUCACACACACACACACACACACACACUGUGAGGGCUGAGUGCUGCCUGGGCACGGGGACACCACAAAAGCCACCCAGAAACCACGUUGGGCUUCAGCAUGAGGGGAUUCAAGCAACCCAUAAAGGCUUGGAGAACACCAGGGCUGUGCUGCAUCAGCCUGAGCAGAAUUGCACGAGUUCUCCUUCCAAAAUCCUCCAACAAACUCGAGAUGUGACGUGCUGAAGAGCCUGCUGGAACUCACUACUCGCUGCCUGAGAAGAUGGACCUGCUGCUCCCCGUGGUGUCACAGCCCUGCUGGGAGAGGUGCUGUGUUCAUUUUGUGCUCAGUUAUGGAGCGUUCCCAUCCCAGAAAAUGCUCCCCAACCAUUUGAUUGGACUCAUCCCAGCUGCCAGGAUGGGCAGGAACAUGCCAGGAUGGGCAGUGCCCUGAGGGGUGUCCCAGAAGUGACACCUGGAGGAGGUGGGGUGGCCACAGGCUCUGCUGGUGCAAUGCAAGCAGCAGAGCAGGGCAGGGCAGUGGGGCUGCAGCUGAAAGCAGCAUCUCGAGCCCUGCUCCUGCCCUUUCAGCACAUGAGGCUUCUCCAUGGAGGGUCUGGCCCCUUUCCUGCUGCAG